GGCAGCCAUGUUGGGGCAGAGACUCCCACACAAAUAUUUGUAGAAGACCACACAAAAUGGCCGCCUGAGGAUUGGUUCUCACCUGUUGAACUGUGCACUGAACUUCAUGAUGCACCUGAAGAGGCUGUCUAAAUCUGGGCUGACGGCUCUCAGUGUUUCAGUUUUCUAUCACACCGCUGUCCUUCUACUCCUGACGCACUGCUGUGGAGCUCAGCUUCAGGUAGUCGGACCACUCCAGCCAGUAAUCGUGACGCUCGGCGAGGACAUCAUUUUGCCAUGCCGUCUGGAACCAGCUGUUGAUGCUGCUGGUAUGACGUUUGAGUGGGCGAGACCUGAUUUGAACCCCAGAUUUGUCCAUGUGUGGCACGAACAUCAAAACCUUCAUGUUAACCAACAUCCAUCCUACAAAGGAAGAACAUCAGUGUCUGUUAACCAACUGAAGCAGGGAGACGUUUCACUGAAACUUUCCAAAGUCAAACUCUCUGACAGCGGAACAUACAGGUGUUACUUUCCAGAUUUGGAUAAAGACUCAACUGCUCAGCUUGUUGUUGGGACUGCUUCCCAGGCUGUCAUCAGUUUAGCAGGGAUUGAUAAAGCCAGCAGAGGAGUAGUGUUACAGUGUGAGUCUGCAGGCUGGCAUCCAGAGCCUGAGGUGUUGUGGCUGGACGGUGAGGGAAAGCUCCUCUCUGCUGGACCUACAGAGACAGUCAGAGGUCCUGAUGACCUCUAUACUGUCAGCAGCAGAGUGACUGUGGAGAAGAGACACAGCAACAGCUUCACCUGUAGAGUCCAACAGAGGAACAUCAACCAGACCACAGAGACACACAUCCAGGUUCCAGACGAUCUCUUUGUGGCCCCGUGUAGUUCUGCAGCCUGUAUCAGCAUCAGCUUGGUUGCUUGCUUCAUUUGUGUUGCUGCAGUUGGUUUUGCUGCAUGGAAAUGGAGACAAAACAAAAUCAAAACCUCACCAGGAGAAGCACAGCGGCUCAUGGCAGAGGAAGAACAUAAAAACAUGGUGGAUGCACUGAUGAAACAGAUGGAGGGACUGAAGGAGCAGAGAGAUAAACUGAAUAGUCAAAAGACAAAGAUGGAGGAACUGGUGGAGGACAGUGAGACGAAGCUUCAGUCAGUGGAGAGAGAUUUAAGAGAGAAGGGUGAAGAUAAAGGAUUCAUCAGUUCACCAGGAUUCAUAAAGCUCAAAGAAAUAAUCUCUCAGAACAAACAGAGCCUGAAUGACAGACUGAUGGAACUUGAGACACUGGUGCUGGACACAGAGAAACUGCUGCUGAUGACAGAAGGUGUGAUUGUUAGAACAACAGAAAAGAAGAGGGAGUCAGAGAACCACACGGACAAAACAUAACAUGGUGUUAAACAGCCGGUAAAGAGUGUUUUACUUUUUAACACUCGCACAGUUUCUGUACAAGCCUGAACCACAGCAGCAGUUUUGGGCCUGAGCCUGAUUAAAAAAAUCCAAAUUUCAUUUCAAAAAAUCAUCAUUGGCUCACUCACAACAGGUUCUGCAUCAUGGGCUGCGCCCUCGGUGCGUCUCCGUCCUCAAGUAUGCACGGUGGUCCCCGCACAGAUAAUGAUCAUUGCUCUCUGCUCUAUAUCUCUCCCACUGCUGGGGAUGCAGAGCCAAAUACUUUCAAACAAGUGGCCUUGCAGAAACUCUCUCUUUUACCGUCCCUCUUGUGCGCAUCAAGAACUUCCAGUUUCAUUGCAAACAAAAAGGCGAGAAUCCGACUCAAAUCAAUCCUUGUGGAAUAACUCAUUUCAAUAUAUCGAAAUGAAAUAUUCUAUAAUGUUUUUGUGAAAGAAAAAACCUGGUUUCAGUUUAAUAUUUUUGAACUUAACAUCUCUUCUUUCUCUCUUCUAUAUCUAAUGUGUAAUAUUAAAGAAAUAGAGUCCUUUGCUGUA